AUGUCGCGAGCUUCGAAAGUGACCUUGGCGCUCACAACGGCUGCAACCGCGGGCAUAGUCUACUUUGUCCACUGGUCCCAGGAAGCCGACAGAGCAGCAAUGCAUGCUGGUGUGGAACGAGACGUCGAGCGGCAGCGCAUAAAACAAGAACGGCAGGCCGAAUUUGAGAUGCAGAGAAGACUAGAAGAGGAGUACCGAAAGAUUCAGACGGUAUCUGAUAGUGUCAAUGAUAGCUCAGAAGGAGGAAAGAACAUAGGCCAGAGAACGUGA